AUGUCCCCAUGUCCCUAUGUCCCAUCGCAAUGUCCCCGUGUCCCACCACAAUGUCCCCAUGUCCCACCACAAUGUCCCCGUGUCCCAUUUCCAUGUCCCCAUGUCCCAUCACCGUGUCCCACCACCACGUCCCCAUGUCCCACCACCGGUGCCCCCGAGGGCGUCAUCGACCGCUGUAACUACGUGCGGGUGGGUACCACGCGCGUGCCCCUCACCCCGGCCGUCAAGGAGAAGAUCUUGGCCGUCAUCAAGGAGUGGGGGACGGGGCGGGACACCCUGCGCUGCCUGGCGCUGGCCACGCGCGACACCCCCCCCAAGAAGGAGGACAUGCUCCUCGAGGACUCCACCAAGUUCGCCGAGUAUGAGGUGAUUUGA